UAAUUAAACGGGUCAUGCGACUAGCUUCAUUCCAAAGCACCCAACUCGUCUGUCUGAGACCGAAAAUCCCUUCUAAAAUUCCUUACUAUCAACGACCACCACCGCAAACAAAAAAGAAAUGGCAAAUUUAAUAACAAAAUCCCUGAAAUCACUGAAAUCCCGAACACUACUCAUCCCACUCUCAUCAUCCCUCUCGCACUCUGUCCGCCGCUCAACCUCCUUCGCGCAGCACCAACAACCACCCGCCUCUGACUCCUCCUCCUCUUCCGCCUUCACCUUCUCAUCUAACGGCGACAACAACAACAACAACAACAACCAGAGCAUAUAUGUGAAAGGGCCGGAUCGACGGUCUUCUUCAUCGGUGACGAUGCCGAUGUCGUUCAUGACGGGGUCGAUAGUGGGGAAGCGGUUCUACAAGAAGGUGACGACGAGGGAGGCUGACGACGGGAACGGAUGGACGGUGAUGCUGGACUACAGGACCCUCAAGACCCCUUCCAAGAAACCACUCAAGCUCCCAACUCUUGCACUUGCUAAAGCCAUUGCUGCUGAAUGGGAAUAUCAGCAAACAGAUGGUAUUAGACCCUUCACAAUGCCUCUUAUGAAACUUGCUUGUACUGCCCUGGAAAGAGUUCCACUCACCAGGCCAAAAAUUAUUGAGCAUUUGAUGAGGAAAUUUCAUCAAGAUUUAGUCUUUUGCCAUGCUCCUGCUGACAAUGAUUUGACAAGCCAUGUCCAUGAUCGCCAAGUAGAAAAAUUGAACCCUCUGCUUUGCUGGGUGGAAUCAGAAUUUGGAUUCAAGCCAGUUGUGUACUCAAGCUUUUUUGGUGGAAAGCAGGAAGAUGGUCUGGUAAAAGCCGUAGAGAACCUUCUAAAGAGAUCAGAUGACUGUGAAUUGGCAGCAAUUGAUGCUAUUGCUGCUGCAGCGCAUUCUUUAGUUAUUGCUAUAGCUGUUGUCCGUGAUAAAUUGCAGAUUGAGGAAGCUAUUGAGCUCAUUAGACUUGAAGAAGAUUUUCAGGUGGAAAGAUGGGGCCUGGUUGAAGGUGGCCAUGAUGUGGAUAUUGCCGACCUUAGGGUACAGGUUUCGUCGGGAGCUGUAUUUCUCGGUUUGUCUAGGAGAACUUAAAUUUUUGUCAUCCACUCAUCCUGUCUGUUUAGUGUUAACAGUCUUGAGAAGUAGCUAUCAGCUAGUUUAUGAAAUAAGGUUUUGUCGACAUAGAUAUCCAAAACUUUGCAGAAGAUCAUGCGCAAUCUUCACCCUGGGAUGGGUUGAAACGUUAAACCUUGUUAAUGUGCCUUUACUCAGCAUGAUUGCAAACAAUUUUUUUGGAUUGCGGAUUGGAAAAUGCCAAGAAGAAACAUAGCUGCUAUAAAGGAGUUUAGGAUAUCACAAAGUGAAAUAAUUUUGCUUUUUUAGCAUGUGAUUGCAAGGUUGAACUCAUGAAAAGUGGAAAAGUGUUGUACCAAUUCGGAUGAUUACUUUUUAUGCUUAUGAUUCUAUAUGCUCUAUUUUAAGACAUA